AGUAAAGCCCAUUCAUCAUGUUGGAAAACGCCCCUUUUUCCGGAGAGAUUAAAACCACUUUCAAACCACAUCUCAAUCAGUUGCAGUUUGAAACUGAAAAUGUGCUCACGAAAGAUUCUCAUCCUCUAUCCCCUAAUUCUAACAGUGACAAGUGCUUCGAAACUGUGGCGCUUCGAUUUGAACUUUGACAAUCCUUCCAACUGGCUAUCACAGAGCGUUCCUCAGCACGGUCAAUCCAUAGUUUUCCCGGCCAAACUGAAUGCCCUCGUUGAUUUGCCCCAGGUUGGACAGACGGAAUCGAUCGUCCUACCCCGAGAAGGUGUCGUAGUGAUACCGGAAACGGAUUUUUCACUUACUUUCUUGGCAGAUAGUUCGAAAUUGGCGCCAGCUGUUUUCAAAGCUCCCAUCCGGAGACCUUAUUACGCGGCCGAGAACUGGCUGGCAGUCGAUGCAAUGGGGAACGUGCUUCCGGAACCGAACAAGGCAGUGCCCCAUUUGGAGCGGAUCCCGUGUCAAUUUGAGGAAGCAGUUUUCCUGGAUCCACCUGGGCCAAUUGAUCUUCAGUAUCACGAGGCGGUUGAAUUGAAAGGGGUGGUUUAUGGGAAAACGAGUGGAUUGGCAGAGUUGCAACAAUUUUUCCGAUCGGAUUUGGGCCAGUACGUGUUCUAUAAUGCUGAAGAUAGCGUCGUUCGGGAGGGUAAAUGUGCCAGUCCGGAAAAGUGUCCCUGUCAACCGGAGUGGGUUGCGGAUGCUGUCUGUCGGAAUGAAAUUUGUCCGAUUCCGCGGUGUCUUAACCCGAUUCAACCGGUCGGUUAUUGUUGCGCCAUUUGUGGUGGAGUGCUGACGAUGGAUUUGUUGAGCUUUGGAGGGAAGUUUGAUCUGGAAACCUUCAGGAAAAAACUCGACAGGAAGAUCACCGCAUCUGAGGUUGAUGCAUCAGCAGUUGAAUAUCAUGUCAGCGUUCAAAAUGAUGCCCUGCAGCUGGUGAUUGUAGACAAAGAGGAGUACGAUGAAAUAAGUGUUGAGCUGCUGAAAAGUUUGGAGUCUUUCUUCGCCAAACAAUUUAUGAACAGCCACAGAAUACUGAGCUCGGGACAUCCAUAUGUGCCGUACCAGUCGGGACAGCUGAUAACGGUGAUCUUAUUCACCCUACUCAUCGUAUCCGCCUUCUUUACAUCGUUCUACGUCUACUACUACGAUGAUCGAGUGCUCCCCCGCAUUCUCGUCAUGAUACGCAAUCGACAGUUUAUCGCAACCCCCUUCGUAUUUGCCCGAUUUGAUCCCAACAAUGAACACGAGGAAGGACAAUCGGCGGUAGACAUCAACUUCAGCCCGUCCGGUAUCGAAAAUCUAAGCUCGUCUUUCAACAAUCCGAUGUUCGAAGGUAACGGAGCCAAGAGAACGGAUUCGGCCAAGAAGGAUGAGCAGGAUGAAUCCUACGUCGAUGUGGAGUUGGAGUCUCAAAAAUAGCUCUAAACUUUAUAUGUGGAACCUACCCAGCAAACAUUUAUGAAGGUAUAACACAAGAACAACAGAAUUAUUUAAACAUGUAUACCAGGUGAAAAGAUUCUAUUAAACUUACCAAAAUAGCAUAUAGCUACAAAAUUGGAGGCGAUAUAUCUACAAUGACAAGAUUCCAACGAUUCGAUUUUCCCACAAAAAGCAAAAUAAACGAAAAAAAAAUUCCCCGACAGAGAUUUGAACUCCAGUCCUACGAGUUGGCUGCCCGAUAUCUUACCGCGAUGCCAAUUCAUCAACUGAUAUUAAUCACGCUAUAGAUCUGAAGACUUAUUUACGAUUUGACUAAACUGCUAUCCGAUUCAACUUUCUUUAGGCAAAGCUUGUCGUAAAUGAAUGGUGGAAAAUCACUCAAUACCAACGUGUGUACGAUGUUUAUUGAAAAUGUCUAAAUAUUCGAUUUGGAUUAUCAUUUCUAUUACGAUUUCAUGUUAGCUGGGUAGGUAUUGAUUGUUCGAUAAUAA